AUGACAUCGUCAAAAUUUGGGCCGCCUACUGUUAUUAUCGAAUCGUGUCUAUUCAAACAACCACAAUUAGGUGAUAAUCGCCGUAGGUCAUUUCCUCAUUCAAUAAGUAUUCCAGAUUUUUCUUUUAAACGAGAUACUUAUAGAGAUUUGCGUAAUAAACUUUGUUAUUCCACAUGUCAAUUAAAUCGAAAAGCUCAAUCGUGUUCAUCAUUAUCCUUCAUCACAACAGCAACAGAUUCGCUGAAAUCAUCUCUCUUUCGUCCACCUUCGCCAUCACCAUCUUCGAAUUUAGGUCAUUUUCUUGACCCAAGGAAUGCAAAUGCUCAAAAAUUCAAGAAUAUUAGUGGUAGUACUUUAGGUACUCAGACAGCUAGUUCAUCUAGAUUUUCAUUAUACGAAAGCUUUUUCGAUUUAUCAGAUAAUGGACAAGAAAAAUAUCGAACAUUGGAAGAGAAAAGACUGUUUGACCCAAUAAUAUUACAGAGUAAAUAUCAUUAUGAACAAUGCGAUGAUUUUCAAACCAAAUGUAAUAAUUGGCUUCAAACUAUUGAACGUGUAUAG